AUCUAACCCAUCAAUUAAUGGGUCCAAUCCAGCCAAACACUAUUAAAUAGUUGGCCACAUGGGUGAUCAAACAGCACAAAGUACUGCUAAUAGCACUCAAGAAAUGCCUACUAGCGUUUCUUAAGCUUAUAUGGAAUUAUCAUCCAUCUCUCACCAAACUCUAUAAACCAAAACCUUUCCAGGAAAACAAAUUUCACUUUAGUUUUCAGGUCUCCCAAAUUCAGGGCUUUCAGAGAAAAAUUGUCAAGAUGAAGAUAUCAACACUCAACCUCAUGUCAAUGCUGACACUUCUGAUUUCCUAUAGUGCGUGCGUGGUUUCACAAGAGAAGAACAGCUUACAGAAGACUUAUAUUGUGCAUAUGGACAGGUCCACUAUGCCAGGGAGUCUUGAUGAUCACUCCCAGUGGUAUAUCUCGUCUUUAAAAUCAGUGUCAGACUCGGCGGAAAUUCUUUACACCUAUAAAACUGUAAUCCAUGGUUUUUCUGCAAGGCUAACAGCAGAGGAAGCCAAGUCACUCGAAGGACAACCAGGGGUUCUCUCUGUCCUAGAAGAAGAAAGAUAUGAGCUUCACACAACUCGAACACCACAGUUCCUUGGACUCGACAAGAGUGAAGCACUCCUUCCCGAGUCCAACACAGUGAGUGAGGUCAUUGUUGGAGUGUUAGACACUGGUGUCUGGCCUGAGAUUGAAAGCUUCGACGAUACUGGACUUGGCGCAGUGCCCAGCAGCUGGAAAGGCGAGUGUGAAGGGGGCGAGAACUUCAGCUCAUCGACCUGUAACCGGAAGCUGAUUGGUGCCAGGUUUUUCUCUAGAGGUUACGAAGCAGCUUACGGACCAAUUAAUGGAACAAUGGAAUCGAAGUCGCCGAGGGAUGAUGAUGGCCAUGGAACACACACCUCAACCACAGCAGCUGGGUCAGCUGUAGCCAAAGCUAGCCUCUUUGGUUAUGCCGAGGGAACAGCACGCGGUAUGGCUACACACGCCAGAGUGGCCAUAUACAAAAUCUGUUGGCUCGGUGGAUGUUUUGCAAGUGACAUAGUAGCCGCAAUGGAAAAAGCUGUUGAAGAUGGUGUCAAUAUACUAUCAAUGUCCAUUGGAGGCGCACUUUCUGACUACGACAGAGACAGUGUUUCCGUUGGAGCAUUCGGAGCAAUGUCCCAAGGAAUCCUUGUAUCUUGUUCGGCCGGAAACAGUGGGCCCUUUCCUGAGAGCUUGUCCAAUGUUGCACCAUGGAUAACCACGGUAGGUGCUGGGACUUUGGACCGUGAUUUUCCGGCAUUUGUUAGCCUUGGAAAUGGAAAGAAAUUCUCUGGUGUAUCGCUUUAUAACGGGAAGGCAUUAUCUGAUUCAUUAGUGCCAAUUGUGUAUGCCGGUAACUUGAGCAACACCACAACUGGUAGUCUAUGCUUGACUGGUAGUUUAGUUCCUGGGAAAGUCGCUGGGAAAAUUGUGGUAUGUGAUCGAGGUUUGAAUUCUAGAGUCCAAAAGGGUGUGGUGGUGAAAGAUGCUGGUGGCGUAGGGAUGAUUUUAACAAAUACUGCUUCCUAUGGGGAAGAGCUGGUGGCUGACGCACAUCUCAUACCUACAGUUGAUGUGGGUCAGACAAAAGGAGAUUUGAUAAAGAAUUACAUAUUUUCAGAUUCUAAUCCAACUGCCACAAUUUCAUUUGAUGGCACACAGUUGGGUGUCCAACCAUCACCGGUUGUAGCAGCUUUCAGUUCUAGAGGUCCAAACCCAAUAACACCAGGCAUACUCAAACCCGAUUUGAUAGCACCCGGUGUCAAUAUCCUAGCCGGUUGGACUGGUGCAGAAGGACCAAGUGGGUUACCGGCUGAUACCCGCCGUGUGAAGUUCAACAUCAUUUCCGGUACGUCAAUGUCAUGUCCUCAUGUAAGUGGGUUGGCAGCACUACUCAAAGCAGCACACCCAGAGUGGAGCCCUGCUGCUAUAAGGUCAGCACUCAUGACAACAGCCUACAGCACAUACAAGAAUGGUGAAGCCAUACAAGAUGUUGCAACAGGAAUGCCGUCGACACCAUUCGAUUAUGGUGCUGGACACGUGAACCCGGUAGCAGCGCUUGAUCCAGGCCUUGUCUAUGAUGCCACAGUUGACGACUACAUAGGCUUCCUCUGUGCCUUAAACUACACUGCAAAUCAGAUUUAUACACUCGCCAAAAAAGAUUUUACCUGCAAGUUGGGUAUGAAAUAUAGCGUGGGAGAUCUAAAUUAUCCAUCUUUUUCUAUCCCUCUGGAGACAACCUCAGGCAAAGGUGGUGGUAGUGGUGCAAAGAGCAUAGUUAAGUAUACAAGAACUCUGACUAAUGUUGGGACUCCCGCAACUUACAAGGUUUCUCUAUCUUCAGAGACCCAAGCAGUUAAGAUGUUGGUUGAGCCAGAAUCACUGACUUUCAGUAAACUUAACGAGAAGAAGAAUUAUACAGUGACAUUUACCGCUAGUUCUAUGCCAUCAGGUAUAACCAGCUUUGCCCGUCUUAUAUGGUCAGAUGGAAAACACGUCGUUGGUAGCCCGAUUGCUUUCAGCUGGACAUGAUGUCUAAGAUUAUUGAAGAAAAUUCUGUGUUUUAUGUUCACUUUUACAUUCUGACAA